AUGUUAGAUGAGUAUGAUGGAUUAGUUCUAAAUGAUUUACUCUCAUCCGAUGAUGAAAAAGACGAAGAAGAAACAAAGAAACCAAUUCAGAAAUGUACAAAACGGAAAGAUGAAUUAUUUUUAAAACGUUUGUCUUUGUGUCGUGAGAAACGUGUUGAAUAUGCAAAAAUUGGAACAAAUAAGCGAAUUAAACAUUUACAAAAAGAAGUUAAUAAACAAGUGCGGCAUCAGUUUCAACUGCCACAUUCCAUGACACCUUUAGAUGAACAAAUAUUACAAACACUAUCACCAUCGUCUCCUUCCGUGCCACUUUCGUCUUCUGAACGUCUGAAAGAGAAAGAAAAGAAGAAUUUUGAUAGUGCUGAAGAACUAAACGCCUAUGUUGCUCAAUACGACCAUUUAGACCUAGAUGAACGUCUGAUCGAUGAACAAAAUUUAGAAUUAAAACAGUUAGAACAAAAAUUAGAUGAUAAUAUUGAAAAAGGCCAAAUACAACAAGCAGAAAGGAUCAGUGACGAACUAUUAAGAUGCAAAGCAAGAACACGAGUAAAAUUAGGUUUGAGAACAAAACAUUUGAAUGAUUUAUUGAAAGAUCGAUAUCGUAAACAAAAAGAGAAAGAGAAACGAAAAAAAGAAAAAUUAGCUCGAAGCGGCAUUAGACCAAAACAAAGAUGGGAAACCAAAGCAAAUAUGUAA